AUGAAUGAAGAACUUAAUGAAGGAAGUGAAAAGCCUAUUACAUCUUCACUUUAUACAAAAAAUUUUAAAGUUAAGACAGGCAAAGAAUUUAAAGACGAUCUUCUAACUCCUAAAGAUCAAGAAGAUUACUCUGUAUUUGAAAAAAUAGAACUAACCACACCAUCCUCACCCAACGCAAAAGACUCCAAAUUUGAGAUAGAAAAAGAGUAUCAAUAUCACCAGGAAGAUAGAUCUGUUUUUAAGGCAGUAAAGCAACCUAUACCGUCCUUGUCCUGUAUAGAAAGCUCUAAAGUUAAGAGAGAUAAAGUAUUUGAAAACGUUCUUCUAACCCCUGGUGAUGAUCAAGAAGAUUACCCUGCUGUUGAGAAAGUAAAACAUCCUAUGCUAUCCUUGGCUUGUGCAGAAAGUUCCAAGGUUAAGGCAGACAAGGAGUUUGAAGAUAUUAUCCUAACUCCUUAUGAUGAUAAUGAUGAUAGCUCUGUCUUUGAGGAAGCAAACCAAACUACAGUCUCUGCAUCCUAUGCGGAAAAUCUCCACAUUAGCACCAAAGAUAAAUUUGAAUUCAGUGAUGAUUCGAAUUAUGAUGAUCGAUUCGCCUUACAGACAUCCUGUAAUGGUAUAAUUCGUAUAUUUGGUCGUGGUGGUCGAGUUCGACAUGCGGUUUGGUUUCUAUUGACCUUAACGAUGACUAUUUUGUGCAUUAUCACAUGCGUUCAACGCUAUGACUAUCUCUUUACCUAUCCCACCAAUACUGCAAUUAAUUACACCGUCAGUAAAAAAUUAAAAUUUCCAGCUGUAUCGGUUUGCAAUUUCAAUCGAUUUCGAUUUUCUUCAUUGGAAUAUGGUGAUUGGCAUCGCAUUGGUUAUUUAGUUAAUUUAUUUACUACAACCGAUAACAACCAAAUAUUCACUGGCCUCAAUGGCAAAACAGGAAAAGAGUGGAAUGACUACUUAAAAAAUAUAUCCUUCGAACUUUAUGAUAACAUUACUUUUGAUAUCACGCAAUUUCUAAACGUUAAAAGUAACCAAGCUGAGGUAUUUAUUAAACAUUGCACCUGGAACGAUGGACGCCAGCCUUGCAGUAUAGAGAAUUUCACAAGGAUAUAUACAGAUUAUGGCUCUUGUUUUACUUUUAAUGCAGGAGUUGAUGCGCCUAUUCUCUAUCAAAAAAGACCUGGCAGCCGUUAUGGUUUAAAAUUAAUUCUAAAUAUCGAAGAAGAAGAAUAUACUCAUCUUAAUCCCGAUCCGGAUAUCGGUAUAAAAUUUCGCGUCCAUAAUCAGUUUGAACCUCCUGAUAUCAAUGCUGAAGGUAUUGCAGUUCCGCCCGGCUACCACGCUUAUACAAAAUUACUGUACACAGAGUCCGAUUUCUUAAAACCGCCGUGGGGAAAUUGUGGUCAGAAGAAGUUAAAAUAUUUUAAAUCUUAUAGUCGAGCUUCCUGCCAAUUAGAAUGUUUAGCUGAUAGCUAUAGAAGACGAUGUGAUUGUCGGACACCAUAUAUGCCUGGCUCAUCUCCAAUCUGCUCACCUGAGCACAUUAAGAAAUGCGUUACUAAAUACUUAGGCCUAAGUACACCGGAAAACUUUACUUGCAACUGUCCUAACGAUUGCAGGAUUAAAUCAUUUAAUCCUCAUGUAACUUAUGCUGAAAUUCCCCUCAGACAAACAUCAAGGUUUGCUGCUCAUCGUUACGGAUUAAAUGAAUUAGAAAUCGAUUUCUUAAAGUAUAACAAUAUUUCAAUGGGCGAAUAUAUAAGAGAUAAUUAUGUCUUUCUAGACUUAUUCUACGACGAUCUUUCUUAUACAACAUUUAAAGAAAAGAAAGCAUACGACGUAAAUCAAUUUAUAAGUGAUAUUGGUGGUCAAUUGGGAUUAUUCCUGGGCGGUAGUUUCUUAACAUUUUGGGAAAUUUUCGAAUGGUCGCAAAUUAAAUCCUUUUUGGUCAUUCGAAAAAUAAUUCAUGAGUAUAAGAAAGGUAGAAGGAGAACUAGACGACGAUUCAAUAGUACUCCUGAAGACACAGAGAGAUUAUUAUAG